UCUCAUCAGCACAAAAAAAAAAAAAAAAAUAUAAGCAGAGAGAGAGAGAUCUUCUCCACCGAGCUCAACUACUACCUACCAUGGCGUUGUCUUCUCCGUCGGACUCCGUCAAGAUUUCGCCGUUCGGUCGCAUGUCGGCGAUCAUUAAGGGCAAGUCGGGGAUGGCCGACACUGCCAACGCCUCCGCUUACGAGUCGUUUGCCGCCGAGUUCGCCGCGAUUAUCACGGAGAAUAGGGAGUUUGCUUCGCUGAUCACCACCUCCAUCGCCGUUCUCAUCGGCUGCGUCGUCCUUCUCGUAUGGCGGAGAUCCGGCACCGGCGGUAACAAGCCCAAGCGCGUCGAGCCUCCGAAGCCGUUGGUCCUGAGGCCACGUGAGGUGGAGGUCGACGAUGGGAGGAAGAUGGUCACUAUCUUCUUCGGAACUCAGACCGGAACCGCCGAAGGUUUUGCUAAGGCGCUUGCGGAAGAAGCUAAGGCUAGAUAUGACAAGGCCAGAUUCAAAGUCGUUGAUCUGGAAGAUUAUGCACCGGAGGAUGAUGAAUACGCAGACAAAUUGAAGAAGGAGAAAAUCGCUUUCUUCUUCUUGGCCACAUACGGAGAUGGUGAGCCUACAGAUAAUGCGGCGAGAUUCUACAAAUGGUUCACAGAGGGGAAUGACAAGGGAGAAUGCGUCAAAGACAUGAAAUAUGGAGUCUUUGGGUUAGGCAACAGACAGUACGAACAUUUUAACAAGAUCGCUAAGGUGGUAGAUGAGAUGCUUGCCGAUCAAGGUGCGGACCGUCUUAUUCCCGUGGGUCUUGGAGACGAUGACAAAUGCAUUGAAGAUGACUUCACUGCAUGGCGAGAAUCGUUGUGGCCAGAGUUGGAUAAGUUGCUUAGGGACGAAGGUGAUGCAGCUGUUGCUACACCUUACACUGCCGCUGUGUUGGAAUACCGGGUUUCCUUCCAUGACGCCGAAGAUGGAGAACUGGAGGACAAGAACUUGGCCAACGGGAAUGGUCAUACACUUUAUGAUGCUCAACAUCCUUACAGGGCUAAUGUUUCGGUAAGGAAAGAGCUUCAUACUCCAGAAUCAGACCGUUCUUGCACCCAUUUGGAAUUUGACAUAGCUGGUACCGGGCUUUCGUACGAAGCAGGAGAUCAUGUCGGUGUAUACAGUCAGAAUUCAAGUGAAACGGUCGAGGAAGCACUUAGGCUACUGGGAAUGUCAGGCGAAAUUUAUUUCUCCCUCCACACUGAUAAAGCGGAUGGCACACUGAUCACUGGCAGUGCACUUCCUCCUCCGUUUCCACCUUGCACUCUAAGGACGGCGCUGACUCGAUACACUUGUCUUCUGAGUUCUCCUAAGAAGUCCACGUUACUUGCUUUGGCCGCUCAUGCUUCAGAUCCAGAGGAGGCCGAGAGAUUAAGACACCUCGCAUCACCUGCUGGGAAGGACGAGUACGCGAAAUGGAUAGUAGAAAGUCAGAGAAGUCUCCUCGAGGUGAUGGCCGAGUUUCCAUCCGCCAGGCCUCCACUUGGCGUAUUCUUUGCCGCCGUGGCUCCAAGGCUGCAGCCGAGGUUUUAUUCAAUCUCGUCUUCUCCAAAGAUCUCACCAUCAAGAAUUCAUGUAACGUGUGUUCUUGUUCUUGAUAAGAUGCCAACCGGGAGGGUACACAAGGGAGUCUGCUCUACUUGGAUGAAGACUGCUGUGCCUUUGGAGAAGAGCGAGAACUGUUGUUGGGCACCGAUUUUUGUGAGGCAGUCCAAUUUCAGACUACCUUUGGAUGCUAAAGUACCGAUUAUAAUGAUCGGUCCAGGCACCGGGCUGGCUCCCUUCAGGGGUUUCCUUCAGGAAAGGCUAGCCAUGAAGGAAUCCGGGACCGAACUUGGAUCAUCGAUUCUGUUCUUCGGAUGCAGAAACCGUAGAAUGGAUUUCAUAUACGAGGAUGAACUCGAGAGAUUUGUAGAGAGUGGAGCUCUCUCGGAGCUUGUCGUCGCGUUCUCACGAGAACGAUCCUCCAAAGAAUACGUCCAGCACAAGAUGAUGGACAAGGCGUCGGAUAUAUGGAAAAUGAUUAGGGAGGGAGCGUACGUAUACGUAUGCGGUGAUGCAAAGGGGAUGGCGAGAGAUGUUCACAGAGCUCUCCACGCUAUAGUUCAAGAACAGGGAUCUAUGGAGAGCUCGGAAGCAGAGAGCUUUGUGAAGAAUCUGCAAACCAGUGGAAGAUAUCUCCGUGAUGUUUGGUAAGGAAAAAGAACACAGACAACAGACUUGGCCAUGGAGCUUACUAGAGGAAGCAGUGGAAGACUCUCUCUCGGUCUUUUCAUAAAGCUUUUGGACAAAAACUUCAGGAAAGCCCCAUUUGUCAUUAUAAGCUUAAUAACCUCUUUAUACAUUUUCUUGUUUAUAUUUUUGAAAAGUUAAUUACAAUCGUAAGUAUAAUGAUAAUUAUUACUAUUU